GUGUCACUGAGAAGGGAGGGAGGGUGGAAGAGAGUGAGCAAAGUGCGGAGGACAGUGCGAAGAUGGCGGCCUUCUCCGAGAUGGGUGUUAUGCCUGAGAUUGCACAAGCUGUGGAAGAAAUGGACUGGCUUCUCCCAACUGAUAUCCAGGCAGAAUCUAUCCCUUUGAUCCUUGGAGGAGGUGAUGUACUUAUGGCUGCAGAAACAGGAAGUGGAAAAACAGGUGCUUUCAGUAUUCCAGUUAUUCAGAUAGUUUAUGAAACUCUGAAAGAUCAACAGGAAGGCAAGAAGGGAAAGGCAACAAUUAAAACUGGUGGUUCAGUGCUGAACAAAUGGCAAAUGAACCCGUAUGACAGAGGAUCUGCUUUUGCAAUUGGGUCUGAUGGUCUUUGUUGUCAAAGCAGAGAAGUGAAGGAAUGGCAUGGAUGUAGAGCUACUAAAGGAUUAAUGAAAGGGAAACACUACUAUGAAGUAUCCUGCCAUGACCAAGGAUUAUGUAGAGUUGGCUGGUCUACAAUGCAGGCUUCCUUAGACCUAGGUACUGACAAGUUUGGAUUUGGCUUUGGUGGAACGGGAAAGAAAUCCCAUAAUAAACAGUUUGAUAAUUAUGGAGAGGAAUUCACUAUGCAUGAUACCAUUGGAUGUUACCUCGAUAUAGAUAAAGGACAUAUCAAGUUCUCCAAAAAUGGAAAAGACCUUGGUCUGGCAUUUGAAAUACCAUCACAUAUAAAGAACCAAGCCCUCUUUCCUGCCUGUGUUUUGAAGAAUGCUGAAUUAAAAUUCAACUUUGGUGAAGAAGAAUUUAAGUUUCCGCCAAAAGAUGGUUUUGUUGCUCUUUCCAAAGCACUGGAGAGUUACGUUACCAAAUCGCAGCACACAGGUAGUGCACAGGUGGCACAAACGAAGUUCCUCCCCAACGCUCCAAAAGCUCUCAUCGUCGAACCCUCCCGGGAGUUAGCUGAACAAACCCUGAAUAACGUCAAGCAGUUUAAGAAAUACGUUGAUAAUCCUAAAUUAAGGGAGCUUCUGAUAAUUGGAGGUGUUGCCGCCCGGGAUCAGCUUUCUGUUUUGGACAAUGGGGUAGAUAUAGUUGUAGGCACCCCGGGAAGACUAGAUGAUUUGGUGUCAACUGGAAAGCUGAACUUAUCUCAAGUUAGAUUCCUGGUCCUGGAUGAAGCUGAUGGGCUUCUUUCUCAAGGCUAUUCUGAUUUUAUAAAUAGGAUUCACAGUCAGAUUCCUCAGAUUACCUCUGAUGGGAAACGACUUCAGGUGAUUGUUUGCUCUGCUACUUUGCAUUCUUUUGAUGUAAAGAAGCUGUCUGAGAAGAUUAUGCACUUUCCCACUUGGGUUGAUUUAAAAGGAGAAGAUUCCGUUCCUGAUACCGUACAUCAUGUUGUUGUCCCAGUGAAUCCCAAAACUGACAGACUCUGGGAGAGGCUUGGAAAAAAUCACAUUCGAACUGACGAAGUACACGCAAAAGACAACACUAGACCUGGUGCUAACAGUCCAGAGAUGUGGUCUGAAGCUAUUAAAAUCCUGAAGGGGGAGUAUGCUGUCCGGGCAAUCAAGGAACACAAGAUGGAUCAAGCAAUUAUCUUCUGUAGAACCAAAAUUGACUGUGAUAACUUGGAGCAGUAUUUUAUGCAACAAGGAGGAGGACCAGAUAAAAAAGGACACCAGUUCUCCUGUGUUUGUCUUCAUGGUGACAGAAAGCCUCAUGAGAGAAAGCAAAACUUGGAAAGAUUUAAGAAAGGAGAUGUAAGAUUCUUGAUUUGCACAGAUGUGGCUGCUAGAGGAAUUGAUAUCCAUGGCGUGCCUUAUGUUAUAAAUGUCACCCUCCCGGAUGAAAAGCAAAACUAUGUACAUCGAAUUGGCAGGGUAGGAAGGGCUGAAAGGAUGGGUCUGGCCAUUUCUCUGGUAGCGACAGAAAAAGAGAAGGUUUGGUACCAUGUAUGUAGCAGCCGUGGAAAGGGGUGUUACAACACAAGACUCAAGGAGGAUGGUGGCUGUACAAUAUGGUACAAUGAGAUGCAGUUGCUAUCUGAGGUAGAAGAACACCUGAACUGUACCAUUUCUCAGGUUGAGCCAGAUAUAAAGGUCCCAGUGGAUGAAUUUGAUGGGAAAGUUACCUAUGGUCAAAAAAGGGCCGCUGGUGGUGGAAACUAUAAAGGCCAUGUGGAUGUUUUGGCACCUACAGUUCAAGAGUUGGCUGCCCUUGAAAAGGAGGCACAGACAUCUUUCCUGCAUCUUGGCUACCUUCCUAACCAGCUGUUCAGAACCUUCUGAUUUUAACAUACACUAAGCUAGAACUUGGAUGUGGUAUUAGUGAUCCAGUUUCCACCUAGGGAAUGACAGAGCAGCAAGGCAGAAGGAACCCAGGUGACCUUUCAAAGAGAGAUGCCUACUCUGUCUGGACUGCCUGUUGCAGUGGCUUGAUCUUACCUGAACCAUUGUAUAUUUAGGUCUCUUUGUUGUAGAAGAUUAGCCUCUACCCUAACUAAUACAGAGUGCUAGAGGUGCUUGAAAGUUCAAAAAAUGUUAAAUGUUAACCAUCAAAUGUUAGUAUUUCUGACUCAUAGCUUUAGCUUGGUCCAUUGUAUAGUAUAAAAAUUUAUAAGUGUACUCAUAGAUCCCAUGUCAGUAGCUCUAUAGGUCUUCUCUAAACAGAAGUGCCAAGACUUGCCUCAACUUCAACAUAUAAUAGAUGUGGCCUGAGGUCUUUGUGAGUCAUGGCACAUUCCUCCUUAUUACCUAUGUUGUCUUCCACUCACUGCUCCUCCCCUACCUUUAAGCUUUGAUUGUUUUCGUAUGAAAGAGUUACUCUUUCACAGUGACUGAAGUGGUUUUUUGCUUGGGUUUUUUUUUUCUCCCCCUUCGGUUGUUUCAAAUUUUAAUGAACUUAUAUGAACAGCUUUAUGUAUUCACUGUAUUGCUCAUGUGGCAUAUACUUCGAGCCCCUUAAUGGGACAGACCCACUUGAGAAAGUAUAGAAAACCAAAUAAAAGGAUCAAAUGCUUUCAUUGCCUAGGGAUGUUUGCCUGAAGAGAACUGGAUUGUAAAGGAUUCUAACUAGUUGUCCUGUAGUUAGUUAUAAGAUCACCAAAACUUUUCUGUACUUCAUUUUUAAUAUAUCUUUUGAAAAAAUUGGAGACUUCAGAUUAAUUUCCCCCCCCUCUACUUUUUAUAGUCACAUUCCCAGAGAAGUUCACUGCUUACAUGUUGGUUCCUUUUUUUUUUCCUAUAAAUGCUUUGGUAUAUAGCUUAGAUCAUAUUGCAUAUAUAAAUUUGUAUCUUUAUUUAACACUAGCAUUUUUCUUACUAUAAAUACUUUAAUGGCUGCCUAAUCCAUUGAGGAUGCUAUGGUUUAUGUAACCAUUGAACUUUUCCUGCUCAUGGACAUUGAGGGGAAUUGAAAAGGAUGCGAACUUCAGAGUGUUAGGCCUGGAUUUGAAUCCCAGCUCUAAUCCAUUCCAGCAGUAUAACAGAAGGCAAGGUACUUAGGAUCUUUAAACUUUAGUGUCUUUGUUCAUAAAAAUGGUGAAAAUAACUCACUUCAUUCAGGAUAUUGUAAAACAUUUAGUGAAAUGUCCAGUAGAUUGGAGAUACUCAUUCUGUAUUUUAUAGUAUUCAGACUAGACAUUUUUCCCAUGUUACAUAUAAUGCGGCCAUGAACAUCUGUGGGUUGUUUUCUUGGACUACAUUCCUAAACGUGGGGUUACUGAAUUCAAACAUUUUUAAGGGUCAUCAUCACCAGAUUGUUUUCAGAAAGGGUUGUACUGGUUAUAUCACACUAAUAAUAUAGGAAUUCUGUGUGAUGGCUUUACAAACUUAAAUUUAACUUGGAAUGCAAAAGUAGGAAACAAAAAAAGAUCAGUAGUUGGAAAAUAUGGCCUUGGUGUUAGAAAUGACGCCAGAGAUGGCAUGAUGGAAUUUUGCAAGACCAACGACUUACUCAUUGCAAAUACCUUUUUUCAACAACAUAAAUGGCAACUGUGCAUGUGGAUCUCACCAAAUGGAAAACACAGGAAUCAAAUCGACUACGUCUGUGGAAAGACACAAUGGAAAAGCUCAAUAUCAGCAGUUAGAAAAAGACCAGAUGCUGACUGUGGAACAGGCCGUCAGUUGCUCAUAUACAAGUACAAGUUGAAGCUGAAGAAAAUUAAAACAAGUCUACGACAGUCAAAAUAUGACCUUGAGUAUAUCCCACCUAGAGACCAUCUCCAGAAUAGAUUUGACACAUUGAACACUAAUGAUAGAAGACCAAACUGCUAAUGAUAGACCAGACUGCUAAUGAUAGAAGCCCAGACUGCUAAUGAUAGAAGACCAGAUAAUUUGUGAGGUUACAUCAAGGACAUCAUACAUGAAGAAAGCAAAAAAAGGUUGUUAAAAAGACAGGAAAGAAAGAAAAGACCAAAAUGGAUGUCAGAAGAGGUUCUGAAACUUGCUCUUAAACGUGGGGUAGGUAACGCGAGUGAAUGAAAUGAUGAAAUAAAAGAGCUGAACGGAAGAUCUCAAAGGGUGGCUUGAGAAGAUAAAGUAUUAUAAUGAAAUGUACAAAGACGUGGAGUUAGAAAACCAAAAGGGAAGCACAUGCUCAGCAUUUCUCAAGCUGAAAGAACUGAAGAAGAAAUUCAAGCCUCGAGCUGCAAAUUUUGAAGGAUUCUAUGGGCAAAAUAUUGAAGGACACAGGAAGCACCAAAAGAAGGUGGAAGGAAUACACAGAAUCAUUAUACCAAAAAGAAUUGGUAGAUGUUCAGCCUUUUCAGGAGGUAGCAUAUGAUCAGGAACCUAUUGUACUGAAGGAAGAAGUCCAAACUGCACUGAAGGCUUUGGUGAAAAACAAGGCUUCAGGAAUUGACAGAAUACCAAUUGAGAUGUUUCACAAGCAGAUGCAGCAAUGAAGGUGCUCACUCAUCUAUGCCAAGAAAUUUGGAAGAUAGGUACCUGGCCAGCUGACUGGAAGAGAGUCUAUUUGGGCCCAUUCCAAAGAAACGUGAUCCGCCAGAAUGCGGAAAUUCUCAAACAGUAUCAUUAAUAUCACACACAAGUAAAAUUUUGCUGAAGAUAAUUCAAAAGUGGUUGCAGCAGUACAUCAACAUGGAAUUGCCAGAAAUUCAAGCUGGAUUCAGAAGAGGACGUGGAACGAGGGGUAACGUUGCUCAUGUCAGGUGGAUCUUGGCUGAAAGCAGAGAUUAGCAAAAAGAUGUGUUUUAUUGACUAUGCAAAGGCAUUUGAUUGUGUGGAUCAUUACAAAUUAUGUUGUGCUCCUGAGGAACCUGUACUUAGACCAAGAGCACUUAAUUGUGCUCCUGAGGAACCUGUACUUAGACCAAGAGGCAGUUAUUCAGACAGAACAAGGGGAUACUGCUUGGUUUAAAGUCAGGAAAGGUGUGCGUCAGGUUGUAUCCUUUCACCAUGCUUAAUCAAUCUGUAUGCUGAGCAAAUAAUCCGAGAAGCUGGACUGUAAGAAGAACAGGACAUCAGGAUUGGAGGAAGACUCAUUAACAACCCACAGUAUGCAGAUGACACAGCCUUGCUUGCUGAAAGUGAAGAGGACUUGAAGCACUUACUGAUGAAGAUCAAAGACCACAGCCUUCAGUAUGGAUUACACCUCAACGUAAAGAAAACACAAAUCCUUACAAUUUUGGACCAAUAAGCAACAUCGUGAUAAAAUAUUGAAGUUGUCAAAGAUUUCAUUUUACUUGGAUCCACAAUCAACACCCAUGGAAAUAGCAGUCAAGUCAUCAAAUGAUGUAUUAUUGCACUGGGCAAAUCUACUGCAAAAGACCUUUUUAUAUGUGUUAGAAAGCAAUGAUGUCACCUUGAGGACUAAGAUGCACCGGACCCAAACUGUGAUACAUUUAGUUGCCUCAUAUGCACGCUAAAGCUGCUCAGUGAACAAGGAAGACCGAAGAGGAAUCGAUUAAUUUGAAUUGUGAUGCUGGCGAAGAAUACUGAACAUACCACGGACUGCCAGAGGAACAAACAAGUAUAUCUUGGAAGUGUUCCUUGGAAGGGAGGAUGGCGAGACUUCAUCUCACAUAAUUUGGACAUGUUAUCAGGAGGGACCAUUCCCUGGAGAAGGACAUAUGCUUGGUAAGGUAGAGGGUCAGCAAAAAAGAGGAAGACCCUCGACAAGAUGGACUGGCACAGUGGCUGCAACAAUGGGCUCAAAUAUAGCAAUGAUUGUCAGGGUGGUGCAGGGCUGGGCAGUGUUUCGUUCCGUUGUUCGGAGGGUCCCUAUGAGUCAGAACUGACUCAUCAACACCUAACAAGUAUAACUUGCAGUAUGUAGUUUGUUUUCUUACAGUCUCCGCCUAUGGUGUAUGAAUUAGUGCUGGCUGCCUAGCAAAAAGUCUGUACCGCACGUUCCGUGCACCACACCCCUCCCCCACCACAUCCUACUCUAUUACAAACGAGGAUCCAGACUUGUUUUAGGUAAGGUUGCGGCUUCUUUCUUUUUUCUUUGCUUUUUUAUGGUGGAAGUGCAUAUGGCAGUGACUGAGAACUGCCCAGAUUAAAAAAAAAAUUGAUUCCUUGCCAAUUUCAUAUGGAUAGAACCAUUUAAUCACAUUUCUCACCUUGUUCUCCUGACUUAAAAGGGAACUAUGUGCUUUACUGCAGUUUGAAUGAGAUACAUAAAAUAAGAAAAAUGUGUAAGUAAAUACAAAAAUGAGGCUACCUUGGGUAGAUUCUCUUCUCAUAAUUUUAUCAUUUCCCUAUAGAUGCUGACAAUUUCAGAAAUACUCCCAGAGGUUUUUUUUUUUUUAAGUGACCUUUAUUUGAUGGAAAAGGAGUAUUUGUUAGAAGGGAAAAAGUGCAGUGGAACAGGAAGGAAAGGGAGGGGUACUAUUUUGCUACUCCAAAAGUAGUUGAUAGAGAAUUCCUUUGGAGGGAGGAUUAGAAGGGAAAUUUUUGCUAUUGUUGUCUGUUCUGUUGCUUUAAAUAAUCACCUUUCAUUUAAAAAUCAUCUAAAACUCCAGUUUUUCUGGUAAAGUUUACACUCUUAACUGAUCAGAAGAGUUGAGGGGAAUUUGAAAGAACUUAGAGUCAAGUGGAAACCCUGGUGGCAUAGUGGUUAAGAGCUAAGGCUUCUAACCCAAAGGUCGGCAGUUUGAAUCCACCAGGCAGUCCUUGAAAAUUCUGUGGGGCAGUUCUGCUCUGUCCUGUAGAGUCGAAAUAGACUCGACUGCAACAGACGUGGUUUUUUUUCUUUUAAGAGUCAAGCAGGCCUGGCUAUGAUCCCAAGGAUAGUGACUGACUUCUAGUUAAAGCUGAAUCACUUACAGAGGUAACCCCGCCUAGGGUGGCAGCUGGGAACCUUCAUUUUAACCAGUUCUUCAGGUGAUUGUGAUGCAGAUGGUCCUUGUACCACUGUUUGAGAAACACUUAGGGAGAACUAGGUACUAUAGCUUUUAUUCUCGCUGCAGUCCUUUAUCCUGAGGCUUACCUGUGCCCGUUGCUGUCCAGUCGAGAAACACUUAGGGAGAACUAGGUACUAUAGCUUUUAUUCUCGCUGCAGUCCUUUAUCCUGAGGCUUACCCGUGCCCGUUGCUGUCCAGUCGAUUCCCACUCAUAGCGACCCUACAGGACAGAGUAGAACUGCUCCAUAGAGUUCCAAAGACCACCUGGUGGAUUUGAACUGCUGACCUUUUGGUUAGCAGCCAUAGCUCUUAACCACUACGCCACCAGGGUUUCCUCCUGAGACUUAGGCAAUAUGAUGUAGAGGGACAGUCAGAGAGAGAGAAGCUUGCUAUACUAGAUCACCUAUCUUCUGGUGCUGGCCCACUGCCUUUCUACCAAAAAUUUUCACCUUAGUCCCCUCCUCAUAGAUUAGUGGUUUGCAACGCUGGCUGCACACUGGGUCACCUGAGGAGCUUUAAAAGAAAAACCAGUGUCUGUGCUUUACCUCCAGAAAUUCUGAUUUAAUUGUUCUGGGGUGGGACCUGGGUGCCCCAGGUGAUGCAGAUGUUCUGCCAUGGUUGAGAACUUCUGCUGUAGACUGAGCCUGACUUGAUUUUUCUUGGUCCUGUCAUAAACCUUUGUAUGUCCUCUACACAUGCCUAAGCUAAUAAUACAUCUUAAAGUAAAAUACAGUUUAGGCUCAAGCUGGAACCCUUGCUAUAGAACUAUGUAGUAGAGGUUAUUGUAGAGAAAUACUUUGAUAAAAAUGGCAUGAUGUAUAAUUUUGGAGAAACUGAUAAAAUUAUUUUAAAAGUAGAUUUUGUAGCCAGUUGAGUUUAACUCACUUCAAAAUAGUCACUUUGCAAAUUUAGACAAGGCUUUCAAGGAUGCUUCAAUUUUUCAGUAUCUAUUUGGCCUUUUCUUUUUAUUUGUUUUAGACAUUACCACUUUGUUUUUAUUUGAAACAUUGCCAUUGUUUUUGACAGGGCCACUUUAUAGGCCUUUGGAAAUCAUUGGUUCAACCCAGUAUUUUACCUCAGGUCUAGUUCCCCAGCUUUUUAAUUCAUCCUGUUCACCAGAAAUGGCCCUGGUUGGAUGUUCCCUGUUGUUUCCUCCACCCAAAUCCCAGUUGAAGGACAGAUAUUUGCUACUGCCAAAGUAGGACUCAGAAGAGGCAGCCAGAGGACGCAUGUCUGUAGGGCAAGAAUUGGAUGUUAAGGGCUUUUCAGUUUUUUUUGUGGUGGGUCAGGGCCGCAGGGAAGGGAACCUAGGUUAGAAAACCCUGAUCAGAAUGGGAAUUUGCAAGAUGGAGGUUAGAGUCAGGAUAGGGCCAGCUGAAUAUCGGAGCAAUGAUGUCUGAUAAUGAGUUUUAAAUUUUCUUUCUCUGUAUUGUGAUAUCCUCAAAUCUUAGCAACUAGGUUAGGUAUGUGUCUUAGUUAUCUAGUAUUACUCUAACAGAAAUACCACAAGUAGAUGGCUUUAACAAAUAAAAGUUCAUCUUCUUACAGUUUAGGAGGCUAGAAGUCUGAAUUCAGGGCAUAGGCUCUAGGGGAAAGGCCUUUUCUCUUUUCAGCUUCUGUUUCUGGUUCCUCGGAGAUUUCAUUUGGUAUGGCAUCUAUCUUUCCCCUUCUCUGCUUACUUGCUUUUGUGCUUGUUCGAUCUGCGUCUUUUAUAUCUUGAAAGAAUUGAUUUAAAACACAGCCUACACUACUGCUGCCACAUUAAGAUAAUAAAGAAAACCCCCUCCCAAAUGGGAUUAUAACCACAAGUUUAGAGGUUAGGAUUUACAAUGCGUAUUUUUGGGGGACAUAAUUCAAUCCGUAACAGUACAAUAGUAUGGUGUGGGUAUUAAGGAGGGUUGUUUCUGUGCUUGGACAAAGUGGUGUUGAAGGGUGUGUGGGAGCUGGUUAGGACCCCAUCCUGCAAGAAAUUGUCACAAUGGCAGGAGGGGACAAGAAAGCUACCUGGAGCAGGGGUCUAAAGUUUGGAAAAGUGACAACUAGGCUUGGUGACAGGCUUAGCAAGCACUCCCAAAAAUUCUUAGACAUAGUUGAGAGGGCACUGGCUAGCCUGCAAUGCAAAGUUAGAAGCUUGAGGUAUUUUGUUUGGCAUUUUUUUUUUUUUUUUAAGAGGCUAGCAAUUUGGAGAUACUGGAUUAUACACAUAUCAUUAAAUACCAUCCACUUAAAAUGUGGUGUUAGCUCUAUUGGUUGUAAUAACAAACUCUAUCGUAUUCUUCCAUCCAUAAUUUGUUAUUUCUUUCCCCACUGUUGUUGGCUUACAACCCAGCACCAUUUGAAUACUUUCCUACAAAAUUAUACAGAUGUAGUAGGGCCUACCCACAAAACCUCUUGUGGGUUUGGUGGCUUGUCAUUUCCCACUUGGGUACACCAGGUGGCGCUAAGGUUACACCAUGAAUACCCACAAAGACCUGAACACUUGUGCUGGUGUAUUUUUACCACUUGGGGUCAGUUGAGGAUUAUCUGACUUCCUAGUUUUCUUCUAAGUAAAUCAUAGAAUUCAGAGAAAUUAUUUCUCCUUACAUCUGUCAGAGGCUGUGGGAUUUUUUUUUUUUUU